AUGCGGAUAUGCGCCCCUUUCUUCUCGAUCGAGCCGACCUCCUUCCUGGCCCGCAACCAGUUCGGCAUGCCAGCGGAACAGUGGGGGGUACGCCGCCCUGACCCCCCGUCCCGCACUUUAAAGGCCAACCGGGGCGAUGCCACCUUCAGUCAACUGAUGUGGACGCGGGGGCAGUCCAAAAUACCGCACCCGGCUGAGGCCAUAAAUGCCGACGGGACCUACUCGAUCGCUAUACGACACGGCAACAUAGCACCUAGAAAUUACACGCGGCCUCACUCUCACCUGCCUUCUGCAGAGGCAAUGUGUAGGACAAUGCUGAAGUUGUCCUCGUUACUGCCGAGCUAUGUGUCUAUCAGCAAGGCUUGUGCGGAGACGAAGGGCGUUAUGCGUACAACCGGUGCGGAUGCGCUCAAUCGCGUGCGAGAGGGCGUGCACUGUUUACGUCAAAGUUAG